AUGUUCCACACCCGGAAGUGGUUCUUACCUUAUUGCCGCCGGGGAAAACAUGCUGCGGGAGAGGAAGCAAAAGGAGCGAAGUCGAGAUCGAAUCGUUGUGACCUCUCCAGCACUCCGUUGCAAGAGAAGUUUGGGGAGUUAGCCUUGCCCGGAAGUCCGGACGUGCCUGCUGCCAUGGCGACGCUGGUGCUCCUGGCCCUGAGACCUUUCAGGCGGUUUUCGGGCCGCCCUUGGCCAGCAACACCUGUUCCUCUGACCUUUGCCUUUUUCUCGUCCUCAGACGUCCCCCUCCGGGCUGGGAGCCAUGAAGCUGGCCUGCUCUAUCCUGACCACAUCCCCACCUCCCCACUGCAGAAGGCGCUGCUGGCCGCCGGUUCUGCGGGAAUGGCACUCUACAACCCGUACCGCCAUGAUAUGGUUGCGGUUCUAGGAGAGACCACAGGACACCGUAGCCUGAAGGCCCUCAGGGACCAGAUGAGGAGGGAUCCAGAGGGUGCUCAGAUUUUGCAGGAGCGUCCUCGGAUCUCACUGUCCACACUCAACCUGAGCAAGCUCCAGAGCCUGCCUGAGGGCUCCUUUGGCCGCGAGUAUCUACGUUUCCUGGAUGUGAAUAGGGUCUCCCCAGACACUCGAGCACCCACCCGCUUUGUGGAUGAUGAGGAGCUAGCAUAUGUGAUCCAGCGGUACCGGGAAGUGCACGACAUGCUUCACACGCUCCUGGGGAUGCCCACGAACAUCCUGGGGGAGAUCGUGGUGAAGUGGUUUGAGGCUGUCCAGACUGGCCUGCCCAUGUGCAUUCUGGGUGCACUCUUUGGACCAAUCAGACUCAGUGCCCAGAGCCUGCAAGUGCUAAUCUCAGAGCUGAUCCCAUGGGCAGUUCAGAAUGGGCGCAGAGCACCGUGUGUCCUCAACCUGUACUACGAGCAGCGCUGGGAGCAACCCCUGAGGGCUCUGCGGGAGGAACUGGGCAUCACACCACCCCCCACGGGUCUCAAAGGCCUGGACUGA